AUAUAUUUAUUCUAUACGUAGGUCAUGCUUUUUCCAGUCAUGACGGCAUCUGUCAAGAGAAUCUGUAAAGAAGAAUUUCAGUUUCAGUCAUUUGGAUUUGACCAUGAAUCUCCUCAUCUUUUCGUGCUUGCUAAAUGCGGUCCAAGACUGCUGUAUCCAAUAUGGACACUGAUCUGGUUUUUCUACCACUUACUUUGGUUCAUUCUGGAACCUUAUUUUAUUUAUGGAGUGGAUGGGUCAUCAGAAAAUACAAAUUAUUUGCUAUACUUUACUAACUGGGGAUACAUGAUCCUUGGGUUUUCUAAUUUGAUGGACGCCAUUUCAACGGUUUAUGUUCAUUAUAAAAGACCAGUGCUAAUAAGCAAAGAGUAUAAAUUAAAAGAUGAUAGACUGCCUUGGUAUUUACGGUUUAGCUGGUUUCUAUUCGAGACUAGUAAUACAAUCGCUAUAACAGUUACUAUAGGACUUUAUAGUAUUCACAUACCAACUAAAGAUCCUCCGAGUAUUGAGUUCCACGCAAUUAAUACUGUUUAUGUAGUACUCAACCUAUUUGUAAGUGCAAAACCAGUGCGAGUACUUCACUUAAUAUAUCCAAUGAUUUUUGCUGGAAUUUACAUAUUAUUUACAGUCGUGUAUCAGCCAGUGGCAAACAAUACUGCUAUAUAUUCAGAGUUAGACUGGAAUGAGGAGAGUCAAACUAUUGCAGCACUAUUUGUUACAGUUGUUAUUGUAGUUCCUCUGAUGCAUGUAUCACUGUAUGCAUUUUAUGUUACGAAAACUAUCAUUCAUGCGAAACUCUGCAGAAAAAGAAAAUUAAAAGAAGUGUACAACCUGGACAUAGGGAGUGACAUCUCAGACGAACCUAUUGAAUCAGAUAACGAAGAAAGUAUCGGCAAUGAAACCAACAGAUCAACAGUAUCUGUAGAUGAUGGUGCCGUUGAAACAAAUACCGAAGUUAAUAGUGAAGACCACAGUAACAGUGCAUUAAAGUCGGAGAUUGGCGGAGAGAAAGAAACAUUAGAACUAAAUAAUACUCAGCAAGCCGGUCAAGAGUUUGAUAAGGUGGAAGAGAAAAAGAAAUUUUUCGUUUGUGAUAUAGACUACGAGAAGGUGCAUCCAUGGACGAUAAAUUGGAAAAUAGGAGUAGUAGCUAAACGAUAAAUAUCACAAAUUCAAAAUGUCAGGAUAAAUCAUUUAUAAUUGAAAACAUACCAUCAGAAUGACACAAUAAUAAUUUCAGUAAUAUUUACUUAUAUUUUUGUCAUUUUGUGUUUUUUAGCUGGUGUAGUGGAUUUCCUUUAUUAACCAUUCUUCUUAAAGUUG